CACUUGACAAUAACAAAUUAGUUCUCUACAUUGCAUGAAAUCGUGACAAUCACUCCUUCUAACAAAAACAACAUCACAAAGUUGCGAUAUAUCAUCAUAUCAACUAUCAAAACCUAAUUUAUGCUUCUAAUGCAAUGUAUUGUAACACAAACCAUUAGGCCAUCUCUAAUGGUCUAGUGUUAAAGUGCUAUAUUGGGAGCCAAAUUUGACAUUUUAGCUCCAAUUAUGUUCUCUUCCACCCAAUUCUUUUUUAUUUUAUAUCCCUUUAUAUAUUUUUGAUGGAGGAAUUACUAAAAAAUAAAUAAACUUUAGCUUCAUUGACAAAUUGUCCACCAAUUCCUUUUGUAUUUAGCUAAAGUUUAUCAUUGAGUUUAAGAAUGCCUAAAGUAGGAUGCAUGUUGUGAAAACACACCACAAAAGUCCUUUUAACGAGCAUCAUUAGGAAGAGGAAGAGAAAACUUAGGGCUACAAUAUGGUCAAGUAAUGAAAUUUGAUUUGAUCGUAUACUAGUUGGAAGGGUCGUUUUAACGAGCAUCAUUAGGAAGAGGAAGAGAAAACUUAGGACUACAAUCUGGUCAAGUAAUUAAGUUUGAUUUGAUCGUAUACUAGUGGGAAGGGUCGUUUGUGACAACUAAUUGAGGUUAAAUCAAUGUGGUCUUUGGGUUGAUUAGGUGACCAGAGUGGACUUUUUGAUACGCUAACAAUGCACUACCUGACUACCUUGAAAUGUUUUGUUAGAAAGCCUCGAGAAGAUUGGAUAAUCAUUUGUUAUAGUUUGCUGUAAACUUCAAUGAUAAGUUCGUUAAGUAUUAGAGUUUAGUGAUUGAUCUGUAAUUGACCCUACAUAUUUUCCUCGCAACUCUUCUUUUUACUGAAUCUCUUUUACCGUUGCCUCCUGUCAGUGCUCCUUCUCAGUGUUUCCUCUCCACUCAGCUUCGAUACCCUUCCGCCGUCUUCCCGCUGCCGCCAGGUACGAUUCCUCUUCCGCCAUUUCCAGCACACAGUAUUAUCAACAACGUCAGAAUUUUUUCAGCUGCAGAAGGAUUCUCCUUCCACCAGGAAACACUACCUGAACUUGUUUUUCCACAGUUCCAGGUAUUCUACAUAUUAUUACUGACAACCUCGGUAUGCUCGCUAGUAAAUUUGCUGCGUAGUUUAUGAAAUUUAAACCACCAUAUGUGUAUAAUCUGGCUUCAGGUAAAAAGUAAUAGCUUGGCGAAGGAAUAGAUUCAUUAUAUGCUUGUAUUGAUACUUUAAUAAGGAACAGUACAAUCGUUUAUUUCCCUGCCUGAUGCUGUGUGUAUUUUAGUUACUGCUAUCUGGUUCACAUGACGGUAUCAGACAGUAGUAGGAGAUUCAUUUCAUAAAGAAAAGGGUUUGUUUGUGUUCACGUUAUGGAUUGAGCCCUUUAGGGAGCUCUCUCUAUCUUUCUCUCCAUGUGACCAACCCAGUCAAAAACUGGUGCUGGUGCUGCUGCUUUGGACUUUCUUUCCAUCAUUUGGGGACUUCCAUUUUGCUCUCCCUCCUAAUUGGGAAAUCAAAUCAUUCUGAUACAUCAAAUGAAACCCACCCUUUAUAAUCGUUCCUUCAUUCUUUAUUAGUCUUUGAUUUAGCUUCUUUUUUUAAUGGUUUUGCUUGUGGCAUUGUUUUGUGCAUGGGGAAAAAGGCAUCUUCAUUGCCUUUGUUUCUGUGGAAGAAAACUAGUUUCACUCUCCAUAACUUGGUAAUGAAAGAAGGCACCACCUUCACCAUAAUUUGAUUUGAUGAAUGUUUGUAAUAUCUUCUUGCAGUCUUAUGGUUGAUCAGAAGUAACAGGACGUCUCUUGUGGGUUUGUUGUAAGAGAAGUGGAUCUCACUGUGCCAUUGGAGUUGUUCAAAGAACUGGAAAAGAAGCUAAUGACACUUAUGAAGACCAACAAGCAUGGCAGAAGUUGUCAAGGAUGUUGAAGAUCAGUUCACAAGGAUCUGUGAUUCAGCUAAGGUGGUUUCGGGUUUGUUGGAGUCUAGCAGAGCUCAGUAUUCCAUCUCAUCCACCUCAAAUGAUCUCGCAGCACUGAAAAUGCUGAAUCCAGUCGCACUAAUCCGAUCAGCUUCGUUUCGUUCAUCGUCAUCGAGAUUCAUGGCCAACUCUUCAUCCUCCGGAGAGUUUGAACCCGAGGAAAGCUGCAGUAGUGACAUGUCAGAUGAAUCCUCUGCGAUCUCAGGUGGCCACCAGUCUACGUUGAACAGGUUAUACGCCUGGGAGAAGAAGCUGUUUGACGAAGUCAAGUCAGGAGAAAGGAUUCGGAUAGCGUACGAGAAGAAAUGCAUGCAGCUAACGAACCAAGAUGUUAAAGGAGAGGAUCCGUUUGUGUUGGACAAGACGAGGGCAGCCAUUAGAGAUUUGGAUACACAGAUUAAGGUUUCGAUUCACUCGGUGGAAGUCAUAUCGAAGAGGAUAGAGACUCUGCGGGAUGAAGAGUUGCAGCCUCAGCUUUUGGAACUAGCACAAGGGUUAGCAACGAUGUGGAAGGUGAUGGCAGAGUGCCACCACUCACAAAAACAAACACUCGACACGGCCAAGCUCUUAGUAGCAUCAGCACCAUCAAAGCUCGAAGCGAGAAGGCGGGCUUCCAUCUCCAUGACCGACCAUCAACGCCUGUCACGAUCAGCUGCCGCCAUGGAAACAGAGCUCCGAAACUGGAGAUCAUCUUUCCAGACAUGGAUCGCCUCUCAGCGAUCCUACAUCCAGUCCCUCGCCGGCUGGCUCCUCCGGUGCGUUCGUCUCGACCCUGCCGAAAUAUCGAAGCUACCCUUCUCCCCGAGCCGAUCAAGCAGCACUGCUUCUUUCCCGUUGUUCGGACUCUGCAUUGGGUGGUCCAAGUUCCUGGAUGCCGUGCAGGAGAAGGCAGUGUUCGACGGGAUGGAGACCGCCGCGGAUUGGAUGGGUUCGAUUCGCGAUCAGCAGGUGCUGAGAGACGAUUCUACUUCUUCCCCUGGUGGUUCGAGGAGAUAAAUAAUAACAAUAGAGGAAUGGAGAUGGUGGAAGUUGGCAGGGAGGUGGAGGAAGUGAUGACAGCGGAGAAGAUGGCUGAGAUCGGUAUGAGGGUGCUCUGUGCUGGGAUGUCGGUUACUAUCAGCUCGUUGACUGAGUUUGGGAAUGGUGCGGCUGAAGGGUAUGCUCAGCUUUUCAAGCAAUGGGAGAAUGGGGAAGAAUUCCCGCCGGCUGCUCGGCUCCGGGAGAAGUAGAUUUAUGGGCCGUUUACUUGCCAUUUCAUUUCUGUUAGCUGCCACAAUAGAAAACAAAAUUAAAA